CCAGCCGGAGCCCGAGCGCGGUGGCAUCCGAGCGGGAGCGGGAGCGGGAGCCGGGGCCGGAGCGGGAACCGGAGCUGGAGCCGAAGCUGGAGCCGGCACUGCGGCGCACGGAGCGGAGCGCGGCAGCCAAGCCGAGUGAGUGGAGGUGCCUUCCCUGCGAGAAGUCAGAGCUGUGCCCGGGGCAGGCUGGCUCCGCUGUUCUGCUCCAAGGAUUACAUGUCCUUCAAACGUCCCUGCCCCUUAGCGCGAUACAACCGCACCAGCUACUUCUACCCGACAUUCUCAGAGAGCUCAGAGCACAGCCACCUGCUCGUGUCUCCGGUGCUGGUGGCGAGUGCCGUCAUAGGGGUGGUCAUCAUCCUGUCCUGCAUCACCAUCAUCGUGGGCAGCAUCCGCAGGGACAGGCAGGCCCGGCUCCAGCGGCGGCACCACCGCCACCGCCGCCACCAUCACCACCACCACCACCGCCGGCGGCACCGGCACCGGGAGUUCGAGCACGGCCAUGUGCCUGACGGACACACAUACAGCCGCUCAAGCCACAGGACGCGCUAUGCCUGCAGCACCACGGAGGACUGGCCCCCACCCUUGGACGUCAGCUCUGAUGGGGACAUGGAUGCCACGGUGCUCCGGGAGCUGUACCCAGAUUCUCCUCCAGGCUACGAGGAGUGCACGGGGCCAGGGGCCACUCAGCUGUACGUCCCCACGGACGCACCGCCGCCCUACUCGCUGACGGGCUCCUGCUCCACGCUGGGUGGCACCCAGGACUCGGGCAGCGGCCACGGCCCCCGCCAACACCAGCAGGAGCAGAGGACCCCGGGCCACGGUGGCGUCCGCACCGUCUCCAUGGACACGCUGCCCCCGUACGAGGCAGUGUGUGGGGCCGGCCCCCCAUCGGGCCUGCUGCCACUGCCGGGACCCGGCCCAGGGCCGAGGGGCUCACAGGACUCACCCACCCCGACCCGGGCCCCCGCCUCUGGCCCAGAGAGGAUCAUAUGAGUGACCCAGCCGGCCAGGGCCUGCAGGUCCCUCCAGGCUGGGCCACACCCCACUGGCACAAACACACACGCACACACACACAUGCAUAUGAGACUUGUAUACACAGAGACAUGUACACUCACACACCCAUGUGCACACACACAGCUAGACAUGCCUCACCUGUGUGUACACACGUGCACACACAGGCCCACCGCACCCACUCAAAACCCACCUGCGGCUUCCCACCUCCUCCUCCCAGCCUGCUGGUCGUGCCUCUGGAGACAGCGCUGGGGGAGGAUGGGUGAGCAAGCACGGGGCCGUCUCUGCCCUCUCCCGGCAGUCCGUGCCCAAAUUCUGAUUCUGCCUCCGGAAACUACUUGGCCAUCCCAGGUCAGCUGCCUGCCCCAACCCUGACCCCAGGGCCGGCUUGUCCUCCUGGGAGGGGGGACAGGCCCCAGUGAGAGGCCACUGUGCGCUGUGCCUAUCUCUCAAUUCAAGGGCAGAAGAGCCACAACAUCACCACCCUGCCACUUAUGGGGUUGGGGACACAGGUCUGGGGGCUCAGGUAUAACCUGGAGGCCCUCACAGCCCGCCAGGCCCCUUCCCUAACCCAGCACCCUCAGUCUGGUGGUGCUAGUGGGGUUAUCUCAGAAGCUGCUGGGGAGGAACAGGGCCCUUGUGGCGGGGGGGGGUGGUGGUGGCUGGGGUCAUGGGUUACAGCUGUUCCCAUGUCAGUCCAACUACUGCCCAGGAUAGAGGGUCCUCAAGGAAGAUGAGGCCAUUGCCCUUCUCCAGGUGGCCUCCCCGCCAUGCUACCUGGACACCACACCAAGGCAGAGAAGUGGCCCCUCGCUCAGCCCCUGCCCAGCUGACCACUGUGGCCUGAGCUUGAAUGGAUGGAGCAGACCCCAGGGCUGGCGCUGUCCUCCUGGGUGGCAGCUCACAGCUGGGAAUGGCAAGUCGACCUGUUCUGGCCCUGCCCCUCCAGGGUGUCUGCAGAGACAAAAUAAAGGGGAUGUGAGCCCCAUAGAUGCCACCACGCCUCCACGAGAGGACCAGUGGUUGUGUCUCGGUCUCACUGCCACUGUCCUGCCACAAAAGGGGCUUGUUGGGGUCCGCCUGGUUGUGGAAAGGCUCAGAUCUUGGCCCAGGAACCCCAGCAAUUUCCAGCAAAGACCACGCAGGUAACAGAGGUGAUUCCUAAAGACCCAGCCUGCCAAGCUUGGUGGCCACGAAUCAGUGAGGAGUGUCCCUGCCAGCAUCGCCAGCAGCCAACACCCUGCCCUUAAUCAACAGCACCCCAUCCAUCCUCUUCCCCACCCAUCCAUCCUCUUCCUCACAUUUCAAUUCCUCCAACGAAGGGCUAAGACGAUUCAGUAAUUCCUUUCUUAAACAGAGGGGUGGCAAAGAUGAAUUUUAUUUUCUGUAGAAAUAGCAUUUUUUUCUGGUACGGAGCUGGAAGGAAGCCACCCAGAGGUUCUGUAGCAUCCUGUGUCCUGGAGCCCCAGACACCUGGGGGAGGGACCGUGUUUACAAGCAGUUCUAUACAGUGACACCUUUGCGGUGUACUGUUUUCUAGGCAAAAAAUAUCUGUCCACUGUACUGUAUAGCCUUUUAAAUGCACUCUCCAGGGAUGAGACUCUUUUAAAAACUGCAUCCUGCUUCUGCAAUUUCUAGAGCGUGCUGUCAGGGGAAAUAAAAAGAUACAAUUCCCCUAUCUACUCGCCAGUGUUGGAGGGAUGGAGCUGAACAGCUUUUCUUGUUCCUGGACGAGGCACUGAAUAAGCAACAAUGUAUCUUUUCUGUGUUCAAAAUAAAUAUGUCAUAUCAAUAAAAAUGUAGCAAGAAGUAACACUUUUAAAAAGUGCAUGGGGCUUCGCACCUUCUGCAACUUGUAAGAAAAGGGAACACCAAAAUGCAACAAACUGAAAAUAUGCCUCCAGCUAGCAAGCCCUGCCCUUUGCUGCUCAAGAUUAGGCAUCGAUGAAGGCUUGUCAUUUUGUCAUUUUCUUGUUGAUAUGGAUAUCUGGGUAGUCAGUCACUUA